UGUUUUUUAUUGUGCACGCAGAAGAGUGGCAAAAUUUUUUUCGUCAAAGUUUUCCAACAUCACGCUGUGGCCAAGUAGCCAUGGUGAAUGCGAAAAUGAAAACAUUUUUGCCUCUAGUCCUUUGGUCUGUGCUAACAGUUAAUGUGGCACUGUCACAAAACAGAAUAAGUAAUACGAGAUUAAAACGCGAAGUAUUUUUUCUAAAUUUGGAAGACGGCUAUUUUGGUUGUCAAGUUAACGAAUCAACAGAUUAUUUACAAUUAUUUGAAUUAUCGAAAUUAUGUGAUGGCCAUGCCGAUUGUUUUAUGUCAUCCGAUGAAUUAGCGAAAGAGUUAAAGUGCACAAAUGAUUGUGAAAAAGAUGGCACAUCGUGUAUAAAUGGUGCGUGCUUGGACUCAUUAUGUCACUGUAACGACGGUUAUGGGGGAUGUAAUUGUCAAGAGCAAGAUGAGAACGAGUGCAAAAAUCGUCCAUGUGAUGUAUUUGCCCAUUGUACGAACACUUUAGGCAGUUUUAUGUGUUCGUGCUUUCCCGGCUACAAUGGCGAUGGUUUUCACUGUGAAGAUAUUGACGAAUGUCAAGAUCCUAGUAUAGCAGCGAGGUGUGUCCAAAACGCUGAAUGCUGUAAUUUGCCAGCGCAUUUCGUGUGUAAAUGUAAGCCUGGUUACGAAGGAGACGGCGAAGAACUUUGUACAGAUAUAAAUGAGUGCCUGAAUCCGGGCGCGUGCGGUUUUAAUGCCGAUUGUAUCAACACGCCGGGCAAUCAUACGUGCGCCUGUAAAAAUGGUUACGAAGGUAAUCCAUUCGAUGGUUGUGUCGACAUAAAUGAAUGUCUGCAUCCGAAUGCCUGUGGUCCUGGCGCCAUUUGUAUCAAUUUGGAUGGAAGUUUUCAAUGCGAAUGUCCUCAAGGAUUUGAAGGUGAUGCCCGAUCGAAUGGAUGCCGUGAUUUUGAUGAAUGCGCACGAUUGCCAUGCGGAAGAAAUGCACAGUGUCGCAACAGUGAGGGAAGCUUUCAAUGCAUGUGUCCCGAAGGUUUUAUUGGCGAUCCAAUGAACGAAUGUCAAGAUAUAAAUGAAUGUUUGGAGAACCCAUGUGGUGCUAAUGCUGUAUGCACAAAUUCACCUGGCAGUUUUGUGUGUUCAUGCAAACAAGAUUUUACUGGUAAUCCAUACAGAGGAUGCACUGACAUUGAUGAAUGUUCAGCAUUGAAAAAUCCAUGUCCGUCCAGUGCAAUUUGCGAAAAUAAAAGCCCAGGCUUUGAAUGUAAAUGCCCGCAGGGCUUCCAGCCUCGACCUGAUCCGAAAAUCGCUUGUGAACAAGUCGAUGUAAACAUUUUGUGUCAAAGCAACUUCGACUGUACUACAAAUGCUGAAUGUAUUGAAGGACAAUGCUUUUGUCAAAAUGGAUUUGAACCGCAAGGUUCGGUGUGCGUUGACAUUGAUGAAUGUCGAACAAAUGCCAAUAUUUGCGGGGAACGAUCGAUUUGUAUUAAUACACCUGGCAAUUUUCGUUGUGAAUGCCCUGACGGUAUGGUUGGUUUUCCACCGAAGAAAGGCUGUAAAGCACCUUGUGAAGAUGUAAAAUGCAGCCCACAUGCUUAUUGCAAAGCGGACGGAACAGAAGCAUAUUGUGUUUGCGAAGAAGGAUGGACAUAUAAUCCAAAUAAUAUUGCCGCUGGCUGCGUUGACAUUAACGAAUGUGAUACAAUCCAUGGACCAUCAGGACGUUGUGGUUUGAACGCAAUUUGUACAAAUACACCAGGAGAUUUCAAUUGCCAAUGUCCGCCCGGCUUUUCUGGCAAUGCUGCCAUUCAGUGUGUUGAUAUUGAUGAAUGUUCGAAACCAAAUCGAUGUGGUCAAGGUGCACUUUGUCUUAACCGGGCCGGAUCAUUUGAAUGCGUUUGCCCCGAAAAUUCAAUUCCCGAUCCAGAUCCAAGCAUUCGUUGUAUAACAGUUGUAACGUGUCGAUCAAAUAACGAUUGCCCUGGCAAUGCCAUUUGUGAUGAACAUCAACGUUGUUUGUGUCCCACACCGAAUGUUGGAAAUGAUUGUCGACACCCAUGCGAAAGUCUACCAUGUGGUCCAAAUACAAACUGCAUGAUUGUUAAUCAAGAAGCAAAAUGCUUGUGCGCACCCGGUUUUGUUGGUUCGGCCGAUCGAAUUGGUGGUUGUGUUGACGAUGAUGAAUGCAAACAUUCGCCAAGUGUGUGUCCACAAGGGUCACUUUGCAUAAAUACACCGGGCGGCUUCAAUUGCCAAUGCCCAAGCGGUAUUCAAGGCGAUCCAUUCAAAGGUGAAUGUGCACGAGCAAACAUUCAAGUUUUAACAUGCGACGAAGAGCAUCCAUGUGGAAAAGAGGAGAAUUGCGUUUUUGAUGCAUUCCUCAGCAAAAAUGUAUGCGUAUGCCGUCAAGGCUACACAAGAGAUAACAGCACCGGAAAAUGUCUUGAUAUCGAUGAAUGUUCCAAUAGCUUACGACCAGCUUGUGGAAUGAAUUCAUUGUGUAAGAACUUGCCGGGAAGCUUUGAAUGUUUCUGUCCACCAAACUUCUUUGGAAAUCCAUAUGUUACUUGCGAAGAAUGUACCAGCGCCGAAUGUCAAUGCAAAGCACCAUAUAAAUUCGUUGGUGGAAAUUGUAUUUUAGCUGGAUGUCAAGAUGGUGGUCAAUGUCCACCAGGAGCUGAAUGCAUCACAAUCGCUGGAGGUGUUAGCUAUUGCGCGUGUCCCAAAGGCUAUCGAACACAAUCCGAUGGCAGUUGCGUUGAUGUUGAUGAAUGCGUUGAGAAUCAACAUUUCUGCGGCUUUGGAGCCGAGUGCGUUAAUCGUCCCGGUUCAUAUGAAUGCUUGUGUCCACCUGGCUAUGGAGGCGAUCCAUAUCAUGGCCACUGCUCAGCGCCACUAAUACAAUGCGCUUCAGACAGAGAGUGUGGCAUAAAUGAGAAAUGCGUACAACCUGGAGAAUGUAUUUGCCCACCUCCAUUCUUUUUGGAUACCAGCGAUGGAAACAAAUGUAAAAAUCCAUGUGAAAGAUAUGCAUGCGGUAUCAAUGCCAAAUGCACACCAACAGAUCCACCACAAUGUAUGUGCGAAGCUGGUUUCAAAGGUGAUCCAUUGCAAGGCUGUUUCGAUGAAAAUGAAUGUUCAACAUACGGCAAUCCUUGUGCCUAUGGUGCACAAUGCGAGAAUCAAAAAGGUGGAUAUAAAUGCGUGUGUCCAAAAGGAAUGGCCGGCGAUCCAUACAAAGAAGGAUGCAUUGAAGGAAAAAUUCCAUCGACAAGUAAAUGCCGUACGAACAAUGAUUGCGCUGAUACUUUGGCUUGUGUGCAAGGAACUUGUAUAAGUCCAUGCAAGAGUUUACUUUGCGGACAAAAUGCAUAUUGCGAACCAGAAAAUCAUGCAGCUUGGUGUCGAUGCCGCAUCGGUUUUGAAGAAAACGAAAGCGGCGAAUGUGUUUCACAAUGUAACGAGUAUUUUUGCGGUCAAGGAGCUGUUUGUAUCGUAACACGUGACGGUCCAACGUGUAAAUGUCCCCCCGGUUUGCUUGGAAAUCCAUUCCCAGGUGGUGUUUGUGUUACAGAUCAAUGUUCAUCAAAUCAUCCAUGUGCUGACAACCAAGUCUGUAUUGGUGGUCGUUGCAAACAUCGUUGUGAAAAUGUUGUAUGCGGUGUUGGAGCCACAUGCGAACCAUCGACCGGAAAAUGUAUUUGUGAACCAAACUUUGUGGGAAAUCCAGACUAUUUGUGUAUGCCACCGAUUACAACGCCAGUUUGUCAACCAGACUGUGGUCAAAAUGCCCACUGUCGCUACGGACUCAUUUCAAAUGAAUGUGUGUGCAAUCCAAGCACCGUUGGAAAUCCAUAUGAAAUUUGUGGACCAGUUGAACGAAACACAUGCGCAAACACAAAAUGUGGCAUUGGUGCUGAAUGUAAUCAAGCAAACGGUCGCAUUGAUUGUGUGUGUCCAAUUGGUUUCACCGGAAAUCCGUAUGUUGAGUGUCGCGAUUUAGACGAAUGUUUAGAAAAUCCAUGUGGAUCGAAUUCGAUUUGUAUCAACACGGCCGGAAGCUAUGAUUGCAAAUGUGCUCGUGGAUUCUUUGGAAAUCCAUUUGCAAUGUGUUCACCGAUUGAGAGAGAUUUCUAUUGUGAAGAUCCAGAUCGCUGCACGUGCAGUAAUACUGUCUCAUGUCCAGCUGGUUAUCGAUGUGAAAACGGGCGCUGUUCGAAUUUGUGCCAAGGUGUUUCGUGUGGCCCACGAGCUGCUUGUUCCCUCGGAAAAUGCAUAUGCCCCUCAGGUUAUAUUGGUGAUGCCAAUGAUUUGAACAAAGGUUGUUAUUUGCGCGGUCAAUGCGAAAUCGAUCAGGAUUGUAAGGGCACCGAAAUUUGCUUCCAAUUUAGCCGCGGUGUUCGUAAUUGUGUUGACGCCUGCAGUAAAUUCUCAUGCGGACCGAAUGCAUUGUGUAUUUCAAGUAAUCAUCGAUCAACGUGUAUCUGUAACGAAGGUUAUGCUGGCAAUCCAAAUGAUUUCAACGCAGGAUGUUUACGACUCAAAGACGAUGUAGUUAGAGCAGAUACUUGUCUAAAUAAUGUUGAAUGUGGACCAGGUCAAAUUUGUAUCGUUGGUGCAGAAGGAUAUCGAGAAUGUAUAAAUCCUUGCGCAUCGGUUGCAUGCGGUUUGAAUGAAGAAUGCCGAUUAGAUGCCAAUUCAAAUCCAGCCUGUCAUUGCAAAGACACUUAUGCAUGGAAUCCAACAAGUUCAAUGUGCGUUAAACCAUCAGUACCAGAUUGUACAUCGAAUAAUGACUGUCAUCCGGUCGCUUCAUGUCAACCCGAUUCACUUGGCAUUUUGAAGUGUACAUCAAUUUGUGAUAAAUUCCAAUGUCCAGCCAAUUCAGUUUGUGUUGCCACAAAUCAUCAAGGUGAAUGUCAAUGUUUACCGGGAUACUUUGGCAAUCCAAGAGAUCGUAAAGGUUGUCGAUUGGAAGAACGAAAUCAAUGCGCAACAAGCGCUGAAUGCGCAGAAAAUGAAAAAUGUAAAAAGAACGAACGAAACGGAGCAAUGGAAUGUCGUCCAGUGUGUGAAGAUGUAAAUUGUGGACCACAAGCAAUUUGCAUUUCAAACAAUCACAUUGCCAAAUGUCAGUGUCCAACGGGUCCAUGGACUGGCGAUCCAUACAAUAUGACAGCCGGUUGUCAGAAUGUUCCAUGCGUUUACAAUAUCGAUUGUCCACCAACUCAAUUAUGUAAUCGUUUAACGCACACAUGUUACAACGUUUGCGAUGAAUCAUCAUGCGGUGAAAAUGCCAUUUGUAUUGCUGAAAAUCAAAAUGCAGUUUGUCAAUGUCCGCCCGGUUAUCGAGGCGAUCCAAUUCCAGAAGUUGGUUGUAAAUUGGCCGAUGCAUGUUCACACUGUGCCGAAUCGUCUGUUUGUGAAAUUUCUCAAACUGGUCAAGCAAUUUGUAAAUGCCCUCAAGGGUAUACCGGUUAUCCUGAAUCAACUGGCUGUUUCCCAAUUGGCCAGUGUCGCAGUGAAACAGAUUGCCCGAACAGCGCCAAAUGUGUCAGCGGACGAUGUGUAGAUAAAUGUCAUGGUUUAUGCGGUCCAAAUAUGAUUUGUACGAUCAAAAGUGGCGAAGCGGUUUGCGCGUGUCCAAGUCGAUUUAAAUUCAUUUCUGGUUAUGCCAAGGACGGUUGCGUCCGUGAUGUGGCUGCUUGUUCAACAGACUAUGAUUGUGGCAGUGGUAUUUGCAGUAAUGGUCAAUGUACGGUUGCCUGUCGUAAUCAACAAGACUGUGCCGACGGUGAAUACUGUGAAAAUAAUCGAUGCAUGGUCAAAUGUUCGAGUCAUAAUCAGUGUCCAGAUGGUCAAGCGUGUAAACAAGGUGUCUGUAACAUUGGAUGUCGAAGCAACAAAGACUGUAGUUCAAAUUUGUCGUGCUACAAUAAUUUCUGUCAAAAUCCAUGCAGUAACAAUAUUUGCGGUGAUAAUGCAUUGUGUAAAAUUGAAAAUCAUGUGGCCAAAUGCGAAUGCCCGGCCGGAUUUGAGGGUAAUCCAACACCGGAACAAGGAUGCGUUCGAGUUCCAUCAACAUGUAUCUCAUCGAGCCGUUGCCCCAAUGGACACAUGUGCAUUGCAAAUAUUUGCCAAGUACCGUGCAGCGAAUCGACUUCAUGCGCCAUCGGCGAAAGAUGCGAUAACAAUGUAUGCGCAAAAGUUUGCUACACAAAUAACAAUUGUUUGCCGGGUGAAAUUUGUAACGAACGUGGAACAUGUCAAGCAGGCUGUCAAUCGGAAGCUGAUUGUCCACCAACACAAGUUUGUGCUAAUGGAAAAUGUAAAUGUGGUCGUGGUUUCAUUGGAACACCGUUUGGAUGCUCCGACAUUGAUGAAUGUACCGAACAAGUUUGCCAUCCAAGCGCAAUUUGCGAAAAUACACCCGGUUCAUUUAAAUGUAUUUGUCCAGAACAAACGGUUGGCGAUCCAUAUACAGCGCCGGGUUGCUUGCUGCCAAAUCAAUGCGGACGAAAUGAAGACUGCGCCAAAAAUUUGGCCUGUUUCGAAGGAAAAUGCACAGAACCAUGUGCAAUUGCUGAAUGUGGACGCAACGCUCUUUGUCAAGGUAGUGAACAUAGAGCUUUCUGUCAAUGCCCGCCGGGUUAUCUUGGCGAUCCAACAGAUAAACUCAACGGCUGUUUCCGAGUUGAAUGUGUCAGCAGCGAUGAUUGCAGUCAAAACAAAUAUUGUAAUCCACAAAUCAACAAAUGUCAAAAUCCAUGCGAUAAUAUUGACUGUGGACGUGGAACGUGUGUUGUUGAACGUCACGAAGCAACUUGUUCGUGUCCUCCUGGUUAUGUCUUGCUCAAUGGAAAAUGUGAAGAUAUCGAUGAAUGCGCAGAACGGCCAUGCCACAGUUCAGCCGUAUGUAAAAACUAUCCAGGAAGUUAUGUUUGUGCUUGUGAAGAUGGUUUGGUAGGCGAUCCAAUAAACACUGGUUGCCGAAAUCCAGAAGAAUGUCUCACAAAUACGGAUUGUCCCGACACUGCCGCUUGUAUCAAUUCACGUUGUAAAAAUCCAUGCGAUUCAGCAAAUGCUUGCGGUUUGAAUGCUCAAUGUACGGUAAAUGCUCAUCAUGCAUUCUGCAAGUGUCCAUCGAAUUCACGAGGCGAUCCAAGUGUUGAGUGUCGAUUAAUCGAAUGCAGUGAAAAUACCGAUUGUCCCCAUUCAAAAUCAUGUUUAGAUUCAAAAUGCGUCAACCCAUGUUCGACACCAAAUGCAUGUGGCCAAAAUUCGAAUUGUAUCGUUGAAAAUCAUGUUGGCAUCUGUUCAUGUCAACCAGGUACAACUGGUAAUCCGCUAUUGGGUUGUGUACCAUUGCAGUAUUGUUCCGCUGACAAUCAAUGUCCGUCGAGAACGAUAUGUAAAACGGGUGUAUGUUCAGCCGCCUGUACAUCGAAUCGUGAAUGUAUCGCCGAUCAACUUUGCUUGCAAGGAAUUUGUCAAUCAACGUGUCACGAUAAUUCAACUUGUGCCGACUUCCAAUUCUGUCAAAACAACAUUUGUACACAGGAAAUUCGAUGCCGCACUGACGAUGAAUGUUUGCACAACGAAUACUGCUUUGUCGAUGCAUAUGGACGUUCUGAAUGUAAAAAUGCUUGCGAAGGUCGUGUACUUUGUGGCCGAAAUGCUGAAUGUACAGCACGAAAUCAUGAUGGAUUGUGCUCAUGUAAACAAGGUUUCAUCGAUGAUGGACAAGGUGGAUGCCGACGAAUUGAAUGUCAACGAGAUAAUGAUUGCACGUCGGAUAAAUUCUGCGAGAAGAAUAUCUGUAAAUUGGCUUGUCAAAGCGGUAAGACAUGCGGAGAGAAGGCAAUUUGCACAGUAGAGAACAAUCGACCUGUAUGCUAUUGUCAACCGGGCUAUAGUGGCAAUCCAUAUGAACAAUGUAAUGCGGUGGAUUAUUGUCGCGAUCAACCAUGCGGACCGGGUGCAUUGUGCUCGAAUAAUAAGGGAACAUUCCAUUGUGCUUGCGGUAAUGGAUACGUUGGUGAUCCAUACAACGAAGGUUGUCGCUUAGCUUUCGAAUGUACAAGCAAUGCCGACUGCCCAGCAAGUGCCGAGUGUAUUCAAUCGAAUAGCGAAUCAAAAUGCAGAGAUGUUUGUGAAAAUGUUAGCUGCGGCCCGAACUCGGAAUGUUUACCUGUCGAUCAUGUCGCUUUUUGCAAAUGCUUACCUGGUUACGGUGGCGAAGCAGCCGAUCCCAUCGUUGGCUGCAGACCAUUGCCAGUUCCAUGCAGUGCAUCAACCGAUUGUCCAGCCAAUGGAUAUUGUAAUGGAGGCAUUUGCAAACCGGCCUGUAAUUUGGAUCAAGAAUGUGGUUUGGAUGAAAUUUGUUUGGAAAGUCAAUGCAUCAAUCCAUGUACUUUGCCAAAAGCGUGCGGAAUGAAUGCCGAAUGUUUAUCAAACAAUCACUUUAAAACAUGCGCGUGUCCAGCUGGAUUCACUGGAAAUAGUGCCGUUGAGUGCGUGAGAAUUCCAGUUUCCUGUGCAUCAAACUUAGACUGUAUUGAUGGAAAUACUUGCCGAGAUUCAAUGUGUUUGCCACGUUGCGAGGCCGAUCAAGUGUGCGCUUUGAAUGAGAAAUGUAUUGGAGGCAACUGCAUGCUCACUUGUCGUGUGGAUAAUGAUUGCUUCUUGGGACACAUUUGUUUGAAUAAUCGUUGUAUUUACGCUUGUCGCUCUGACGAAGAUUGUACAUCAACUGAAAGCUGUUCGAACAACACAUGUACAAACCCAUGUAAUCUAUCACCAUGUGGUCCGAAUGCCGUCUGUUCCGUCUUCAAUCAUCGUGCCCAAUGUGCCUGUUUGAAUGGUUUGGUGCCAAGUCCAACAGCCAAAAUUGGAUGCAUUCGAUCACCGGCUUCGCCAUGUAGUACCAACCGAAAUUGUCAAGACGGCUUACAAUGUAUCCACGGUGAAUGUAAAGCUCGUUGUGGAACCGAUCGUGAAUGUUACAGUAAUGAACGUUGUGAAGGUGGAGUAUGUAAACCAUUAUGUCGGCGCGAUGAUGAUUGUCGCUAUGGCGAAGUAUGUCAAGACUUUAUUUGUUCAGCCGGUUGUCGAUCGGACGUCCAUUGUCCAGGAAAUUUGGCAUGUAUUGGUCAAAAAUGCAUUGAUCCAUGCUUAGAUCCAAACGCUUGCGGUAUAAAUGCAAAUUGUAUUGUUCAAAAUCAUGCAAAGGCCUGCAUAUGUCCCGACUUUUUGGUAGGAGAUCCAACAAUUGGUUGUAAAUAUGCACCAACAUCGUGUGCAACUCACAACGAAUGUCCACCAAAUCAUUCAUGCCUCGGAAAUAUUUGCCAGCCAAAUUGUAAUAACGAUCAAAACUGUUUGGCCGAUGAGCGAUGCGUGCGUGGAACGUGCCGUUCAAUUUGUAACAACGAUGCUUCAUGUGGAAACGGACAGAUUUGCGAGAAUCGACUGUGUCAAAUUGGUUGCCGCAAUGAUUUGAGCUGUGCCGGAUCAGAAGCUUGCGUCAAUAACAAGUGUCAAGAUCCAUGUUCAACAACAACACAAUGCGGACAAUGCGCCGAAUGCUUAGUCAUCAAUCAUGUGGUUCAAUGCAGUUGUCCAAAUGGUUUUCUUGGUAAUCCAUUUACCGGAUGCAAUUUGCCAUUACAACGAUGCAAUUCAUUCUGUGAAUGUGACGAAUCGGCACAAUAUUGCGCUGAAAGUUGUACAAUUGACUCCCAAUGUUCGUGCGGUCAAAUUUGUGCGGCCGGAAAAUGUCGAAGCCGAUGCAAUCCGGGAAAUUGCUUAGAAGGUCAAUUGUGCAGUGACGGUGCGUGCAUUACUGGUUGCCGAAAUAAUUUGGAUUGUUCGGGCGAUCGAUCGUGUAUAAAUGGACAAUGUUUGGACCCAUGCUCAUUGGAUAGUACUUGCGGUGAAAAUGCAGUUUGUCGAGUGUCCGAACAUCGUGUGAUUUGCUUGUGUCCAGACGGUUUCAGAGGUGAACCAACACAAGGUUGCACGCGUUCUGAAUGUUCUAUCGAUAGUGAUUGUGAAAUUGAGAAACGAUGCGAAAGUGGCGAAUGUAGAAAUCCAUGUCUACAAGCCGGAGCUUGUGGCAUUAAUGCACAAUGCAGAGUUAUUAAUCGGCAAAAACAAUGCUCGUGCCCACCUGGGCACUUUGGCAAUCCAGCCAUUGAAUGUUCACUGGAGACCAGUGCCUGUGCACGAAAUCCUUGCGGACCAAAUACAAGAUGUCGCGAUGUAACCGGUGGAUAUGAAUGCACAUGUGCACCGGGCUGUGUUGGAGAUCCACAUAAAGGUUGCUUGUGCGGCGAAGAAUCUACAGCCGUUUGCGCCGAUCAAAGAUGCGGACGAAAUGCAGUUUGCAGAAUUGUUAAUCAAAAUCAACCCGAAUGUGUUUGCCCACCACUUUAUCCAAAUGGAGACCCAUACUAUGAAUGUACACCUUUACACAGAGAACUUGGCGAUUGUCGUCAACAUGGUUGUCCAAACGGCGAAUGUAUACUCGAAGGAUCUCGAUACGUAUGCAGACAAGACAAUGAAUGUACCAGUGAUUUAGAUUGUCCAAAUGAAAAGGCAUGUUUGAAUAAUGUGUGCGCGGAUCCAUGUGCGUUACGAGAAGCAUGCGGUAUAAAUGCGCUGUGUAAAACGGUCUUACAUCGUCCGCGAUGCUCGUGUCCGAGCUGUUACAUUGGCCGAGCAAAUGUCGAAUGCAAACCGGAUCCACAAUGUCAAAACGCAUCACCACGACCAAAUGACAUUGUACGAACGAUGUGCAAUUCAGACACUGAUUGUCAUGAAUCAUUGUCAUGCAAUCGAUUUGGUCAAUGUGCUGAUCCAUGUGAAAGUUCACAAUUUGCAUGCGAUGCAAAUAAAAAAUGCGAAACACGACGACAUCGACCAGUGUGCGUAUGUAAAUCUGGCUUUGUUGUUAAUGAAUAUGGUGAAUUGAUUUGUGCACCAGACAAACGCGAAUGUUCCCGAGAUGAUGAAUGUGCAUCGAAUAUGGCAUGCAUUGAUUUAAAAUGUCAAAGCCCAUGCGCUGUAACUAAUUCACGUGGCGCACCAUGUCCAGCCGAUAAAACAUGUCAGGUGCAAGAUCAUAAGCCCGUUUGCAUAUGCAUGAAAGACUGUAAUCCAUCGGUAUCAAUAUGCUUAAGAGACAGCGGUUGUCCGGCCGGUUUGGCAUGUCGAAACUAUCAAUGUGUUAAUCCAUGUGAUUUCGCCUCAUGCGCUGCUAACUCACCUUGCUUUGUGGAAGAUCAUAAACCCAUUUGCAAAUUCUGUCCAUCAGGAUUUGUGGCUGACUCAAAAACUGGAUGCCAAAAAGAAAUUGGCUGUAAAUCAAACGCCGACUGUCCACAUCAAAAAGCAUGCAUCAAUUCAUUGUGUGUUGAUCCAUGUGCAUACCAUCAAUGUUCACAAAAUCAAGACUGUCAUGUGGAUAACCAUCAACCAGUCUGCGUUCAUGUUGGACGUGAUCCAUACGAUUGUAGUCAUUGUUCAGGUGGUGUUUGUGAUCCAGCCACAGGUGCAUGCGUUAAAGCUAAAAAUACGACUAGGCUAACAACUAGCACACAGAAAACUCCAAUCACAACUACUUUAAGUACUAAGAAAACGAAUAACACAAGAGUUCAAAGCAAAACAACACCACGACCGACAAAGCCAAAUUCAAGAAAUACAACAACAAAGGCACCAACUGAAACGACAACCGAAAAAAUUGAUGAAGAAAAAGCAACUACCACAGAAAUGCCACCAUCAAAGAAAUAUACGAGAAAACCAUCAACACAAACAACACCAGCGCAAGUCGAUGAAACGACGACACAAGAGUCGACCACUCGAAAAUAUGGUGGCGUUGGUAGGAAUACGACGAGAAAACCAGUUCGAACAAAACCAACGACAACUGAAAGAACUGAUGAAGUGACGACGUUAAAAACCACAACACAAAAAUAUACAGGUUAUCGAAAUCGUACGAAGUCACCGAUUCAAACUACACCAACUGAAGAAAGUGACGAAACAACAACCUAUAAUUCAUUAGGCAAAUAUCCACGACUUGGGGAUAAUAACAUUACGGACACUGGAGACGGAAGAAUUACAACUACUUCAGUGGAUGAUUUGGUCACAACAACUGAUGGCUCGAAAAAUGAAGAUACCACCCCAUUCACAACAGAGUCUUUGACAACGAUUGGUAUUGGAACUAAGCCACCAUCUUCACGAAUCGAUACAACGCACGAAGAAGGACGCACACCAAAUAUCCGUACGUCAACCGAACCAAUGGAUACGACCACUAACCAAAUACUAACCGUAACCGAAGGAACAAGAAUUGAAAAUGGCAGCACAACGAGUGUAUCGCAAACGGUCGAUAUCGAUAACAUUCGAAAAUCAUGUAAAACUAAAAAGGAUUGCGCCGCGAAUGAAGUCUGUCUUAAAAAACAAUGUAAUAGAGUGUGUGAAACUAACGGUAACGUUACUAAAACAAGUGACGAUUGUGUCGAAGUCCAAUGCACACGCAACGAAGAUUGUUCUCUAGUCGAAGCAUGUUUCGAUGGAUUCUGUCGCCAUCCGUGCGAAGUACGAAACCCUUGUGCACCGAAUGCAGCAUGUAUCAAUGUUAAUCAUGGCAGCGACUGUAGUUGCAUCGAAGGAUUUGCUGGUAACGGCUAUGUCCUAUGCGAACCGGUUAAUGGAUAUCAACCGAUUUGUCAAUACAACGAAGACUGUCCACCGAAUAAAUUGUGCGAUCGAUUGAAUAGACGUUGUAUCAACCCUUGUUCAGUCGAUUCGUGCGGCGAAAAUGCCGAAUGUACACCAGUAAAUCAUGGAAUUGAGUGUAGAUGUCGAAAUGGAUUCAUUGGUAAUGCAUACAUUGAAUGUACCAGACUGCAAGGUUGCCGAUCAAAUUCGGAGUGUGCAUCAAGCGAAGCAUGUGUCAACGGUCAAUGUGGUUCACCAUGCCAGUGCGGUAUAUCGGCUUUGUGCGAAGUUGUUAAUCAUCGACCAAUCUGCCGAUGUCCAAAUGGCUAUUCGGGCAAUCCAAAGAUUGGCUGCAAUCCACCGUCGAAUGCUUGUGAACCAAAUCCAUGCGGUUUGAAUGCGAUGUGUGAACUAGAUCGAGGAAAUCCAAUUUGUUACUGUCCAAAGGGUCUAACUGGAAAUCCAUUCAAAAAUUGCAUCCCCGAAGGUGAUGAAUGUCAUCCAAAUGUAUGCGGUGCAAAUAGUGGCUGUCGUGUGGUCAACGAUACGCCAGUUUGUUUCUGUUUGCCAGAAUAUGAAGGAAGUCCACCGGCUGUUCCGUGUCAACCACCAAAAGAUGCAUGUUCAAUAUCAUCAUGUGGCCCGAAUACACAAUGUACCCGUUUAUCAAAUGGAAUUGCAAAAUGUACCUGUUUGCCAGGAUAUAUCGAAAGUCCAAAUACAAUUCGUGGAUGUGUCGAACCGAAAAGCGCUUGUGAACCAUUUCCAUGUGGUUUCGGUGCAACGUGUGACGUUACACGAAGCCCUGUUUGUUAUUGUCCAGAAGGAACGAUUGGAAAUCCAUUCCGACAAUGUAGUCCACCAGUUAUUGUUCGAGAAUUAUGUAAACCUGGACCAUGCGGCCCGAAUGCCGAUUGUUAUGUUGCAAAUGGUCGUGAACAAUGCUUCUGUCGUGCUGGAUUUAUUGGAGAUGCUUACAAUGGUUGCAUCCAACCACCACGGUCUGUAUGUGAACCAAAUCCAUGUGCACCGAACGGUCAAUGUAUUAUACAAGAAAAUGGCGAACCCAUUUGUUUCUGUCCAUUCGGAAUGGGAGGCGAUCCAACAACAGAAGGAUGUCAUGGUUAUGAGUGUCAUGCUGACAGUGAUUGCUCGGAAAGUCAUGCUUGUAUAGGUUUCAGAUGUCGCGAGCCAUGCUCAGGUUCGUGUGGCAUUGGAGCAAGCUGCAAAGUUGAACGACAUCAUCCAAUUUGUUAUUGUGAUAAUGGUUUAGAAGGUGACCCAUUGGUUAGAUGUUCUGCAUUUGAUGAGCCAAGCAGAUCACCAUGUUGGCCAUCACCAUGCGGCGAAGGAACUCAAUGCAGUGUAUUGAAUAAUCGAGCUGUAUGCUCUUGUCUACCGGAAUACAUUGGAGAUCCACAAAUUGGCUGUCACGCCGAAUGUAUACUAAACAGUGACUGUGCGAGAGACAAAGCUUGUAUUAAUAAACAUUGCGAGAAUCCAUGUCAAUCUUCAACUUGUGGUAUUAACGCUGAAUGUCGUGUCUAUGAUCACACAGCAAAUUGUUAUUGUCGAGAUGGUUUUAUGGGAGAUGCUUUCAUUCAUUGCUUACCAAUACCACCGUUGCGAAAUGUAACUGCCAACCCGUGUGAGCCGUCACCAUGUCAAGCGGGUAGUGUGUGUCAUGUUUACGGAAAUAUUGCUGUUUGUGAUGCUUGUUCAAAUGAAGAUGGAUACAAUAAUCCAGGAUGUCGUCCCGAAUGUUUGUCCAACAAUGAUUGUGAAUUUAGCCGAGCUUGUAUCAAUCAACGCUGUUUAGACCCCUGUGUUUCGACAUGCGGACAAUCGGCAAUCUGUACGGUUGUAAAUCAUGCACCGAUUUGCUCGUGCCCGCAAGGUCUCUAUGGAAAUCCAUUCGAACAUUGUUCCGAAAUUGCACCGAUUACACCGGUUCCACUUGGUUGUGAUUCAACACAAUGCGGACCAAAUACUGAAUGUCGAGAACAAAAUGGCAUUUUAUCGUGUGUUUGUAAGCACGGUUACUUUGGUAAUCCAUUGAUUGGAUGUGGUCCCGAAUGUGUUAUUUCCGCUGAAUGUCCGUUGGAUCGAUCGUGCGAUGGUCAAAAAUGUGUGAACCCUUGUGACAAAGCAUGUGGACGCGGCGCAUUGUGUCAAGUUGUAAAUCACGUUGGAAUUUGUUUCUGUCCAGAAGAUCAUACUGGAGACCCUCUUGUUGGAUGUACGCCAUACAUUCAACCACAACCGCCAAUUCAAAAUCAACCAAGCAAUCCAUGUGAUCCUACACCAUGCGGAGCGAAUAGCCGUUGUUUAAUUUCACCAACUAAUUAUGCCAUUUGCUCUUGCUUACCUGGGUAUCGAGGCAAUCCACCAGCUUGCACCCCAGAAUGUAUUUCCCACCAAGAGUGUCCAUCGAAUAAAGCUUGCGUUAAUUUGCAAUGUGUUGAUCCGUGCAUUGGAGGUGUUUGCGGUGUUGGCGCACGAUGUGAAGUCAUCCACCAUAAUCCAAUAUGUUCUUGCUCGCCCGGCGAAACAGGAAACCCAUUCGAAUCGUGCCAUUUAAUCCCAAUACCAGGACCAAAUGAACAAGGAAGAGUGCCAACAACAAACCCAUGCUCGCCCUCACCGUGUGGCCCAUUCUCAAUUUGUCAAAUCAAACAAGGCCAUCCAGUUUGUUCGUGCGUUGAAAAUUACAUCGGAAAUCCACCUUAUUGUCGGCCAGCCUGCGUUUUGAACAACGACUGUCCAAAUGAUAAGGCUUGCAUACGAGAACGAUGCGAAAAUCCUUGCGUUAAUGCGUGUGGAGUGAACGCUGAAUGUCAUAUUGUUGCCCAUUCAGCAUUCUGUAAUUGUUUGCCUGGUUUCCAAGGCGAUGCCUUUACUGGAUGCUCGCCGAUUCCAUUCCAAACGCCACAAGAUCCAUGCAGCCUAUCACCAUGCGGUGAUAAUUCAAUUUGUUCCGUUGAAAAUGGCUAUGCAAAAUGUACAUGUAUUCCCCCAUACAUUGGCGAUGCGUACGGAGCUGGAUGCCGCCCAGAAUGCGUUUACAACAGUGACUGUGCCAGCGGUAUGGCUUGCAUUCGACAACAUUGCAGAGAUCCAUGCCCCGGCGUAUGCGGUGCAUUCGCUGAAUGUAGCGUCGUAAAUCAUGUACCAGUUUGCACAUGCUCAAGAAAUUAUCAUGGAGACCCGUUCACUGGCUGUCGACAAAAUCCAAGACUACCUUCACAAAAUCCGUGCGAACCCAGCCCAUGUGGUGGUAAUAGCAUUUGUAGAGUGAUUGGUGAUCGGCCAUCAUGUUCGUGUCAACCAGGAUUUGUGGGCCAACCGCCUUCAUGUCGUCCCGAAUGCAUUACCUCAUCCGAAUGUGGACCAACGCUUACCUGUAUCAAUCAAAAAUGUAGAGACGCGUGUGAAGGAAUCUGUGGUCUUAAUGCAGAAUGUAGAACAAUUCAACACAAUCCAAUUUGUUCUUGUCCGAGAGGUUAUGUGGGUGAUCCAUUCGAUCAUUGCAUACCUGCACCAAUCGAAGAAAAACGUCCUGCCAACCCAUGUUUGUCGGGUGCUUGUGGUCCAAACUCGGAAUGUCAUAUUUUGCAAGGUCGUGCUGUAUGUUCUUGUGCUUUGGGUAUGCUUGGUGCACCUCCGAAUUGUCGUCCAGAGUGUCUUAUCCACCAAGAAUGCCCUGCAAAUCGUGCUUGCAUUGCUCAACAAUGUCAAGAUCCAUGUAUUGGGUCAUGUGGAAUCAAUGCCAGAUGCAUUGUACAAAACCAUCAGCCAGUGUGCUCAUGCAUAGAAGGAUAUGAAGGUGAUCCAUAUGCUAACUGUAAUCAACGUCAAAUUGUAUUGUACACACCGCCGGAUGUAUGUUCGUCCACGCCAUGUGGCGCGAAUGCGGUUUGUAGGGAGCAUAAUGGUGUUGGUUCGUGUACUUGCAUGCCCGACUAUUUCGGUGAUCCUUACUUUGGUUGCAAACCUGAAUGCUUACAAAGCUUUGACUGUCCUUGUAAUUUUGCUUGUAUCAAUAAAAAGUGUGUCGAUCCAUGUGAAUAUGCGUGCGGCAUGAAUGCCGAGUGUUCCGUUGUCAAUCAUGCACCAAUGUGCUAUUGUGUUUCUGGUUAUACGGGUGACGCUAGGUUUGGAUGUCAUCCCAUUCCUGACAAUUCAUAUUUACCAGUGCCAAGAGACAACCCGUGUCUUCCGUCGCCUUGUGGUUUCUAUAGUGAUUGUCAUGUAGUUGCAAAUCAUCCGGUUUGUUCGUGCUUAGCUGGCUAUUUGGGCGCUCCGCCCGAUUGCCAUCCAGAAUGCAUGAUUAGCGCUCAAUGUCCGUUUGAUAAAGCUUGCAUUAACCAAAAAUGUGUCGACCCUUGUCCUGGUAUAUGCGGCUUACAUGCUGUGUGUCGUGCUGUCAAUCAUAAUGCCAUAUGUAGUUGUUUGCCGGGUUACAACGGCGAUCCGUUCACUUGUUGUGUCCAAAUUCCAGAGCCUAUUUAUCCAAUUGCUGUACCAAUAAAUCCAUGUGAUGACAACCCUUGCGGUCCAAAUGCAGUGUGUAGGGCUCAUAAUUAUCAAGCGAUUUGUUCAUGUUUGCCCAAUUAUAUUGGACGACCUCCAAAUUGCCGCCCAGAGUGUCUUAUCGACGAAGAUUGUCCCACAACGUUGGCUUGUAUUUGUGACAAAUGUAAAAGUCCCUGUGAUGGUACCUGCGGACCAAAUGCUCAUUGUACUGUUCUCUAUCACAAAGCACAUUGUGUGUGCAAUGAAGGUUUCACUGGCGAUCCAUUUAGCGGUUGUAGACAAGUCUUACAUGAACCAUCUGAACCUUGUCAUCCAUCACCGUGUGGAGUAAAUGCAUUGUGCGAACAACGCAAUGAAAUUGGAUCAUGUAAAUGUAUACCAGAAUAUUACGGCGAUCCUUAUAUCGAAUGCCGUCCAGAAUGUGUGUCCAACACUGAAUGCCCUGCGAAUCGUGCUUGUAUCAAUAAUAAGUGCCAAGACCCAUGUCCGAACACAUGUGGUGAACUAUCUUAUUGUAAUGUCAUCAAUCAUUCGCCACAAUGCAGAUGUCUUGACGGCUAUAUAGGCAAUCCUUUGAUUGCUUGUUAUUUACCACCUGUUGAAGCAACUCCAAUCGAAACACCUUGUACUCCAUCACCAUGCGGUUUGAAUAGUCAAUGUCGUGAACUUGACAAUCACGCUGUAUGCAGUUGUUUACCCGAUAUGAUUGGAGCGCCACCAAAUUGCCGUCCCGAGUGUCUUGUUUCCUCUGAAUGCAGUCUCGAUAAAUCGUGCAUUAAUCAAAAAUGUAAAAACCCAUGCGAAAAUGUUUGUGGUUUGAAUGCAAGAUGUCAAGUGGUUAAUCACAAUGCCAUCUGUAGCUGUGAGCUUGGCUACAAUGGUGAUCCAUUCGUUCGAUGUAUCAAAGAGGAAACACGUCAUCCAAUUGUUCCAAUAACGCCAAUUGUUGGUUGUGUUCCAACGCCUUGCGGUCCGAAUUCACAGUGUCGUGAAGUCGGCGAAACGGCUGUUUGUUCAUGCUUACCAAAUUACAUUGGACGUGCUCCAAAUUGUCGUCCACAAUGUCUCACCUCCUCUGAAUGCCCGCGAAAUUUGGCAUGCUUGAACGAACGCUGUGUCGAUCCUUGUAUUGGCGUUUGUUCGUCGCAGGCCACUUGUAAUGUUUACAAUCAUCAGCCGAUUUGUCGAUGCCCUGACGGAUACACUGGUGACCCAUUUGUCGCUUGCGCUCAAAUUUAUCACGAACCAGAGGUGACUGCAUGCCAAAUGAAUCCAUGUGGAAUAAAUGCCAUUUGUAAAGAAAGAAACAACGCUGGUUCAUGUAGUUGUAAGCCCGAAUAUUACGGAGAUCCAUACAUCGAAUGUCGCCCAGAGUGUAUUUCGAACCAAGAUUGCCCCAAAACGAAGGCUUGUUUCAAUAACAAAUGUGUCAACCCUUGCAUCUCUGUGUGCGCUGCGAAUGCCGAAUGUUUUGUCGUUAAUCAUUCACCAUUGUGCACGUGCCAAUGCGGAUACACCGGAAAUCCAUCGACUGGUUGUUAUGAAAUUCCUAGACUACCACCAAAACCGGAGGUUCAAUUGUGUCAUCCAUCACCUUGCGGCCCGUAUAGUGUUUGCCGUGAAGUAAAUGAUCAUGCAAUUUGUUCGUGUCUCGAAAAUUACAUUGGUACACCGCCCGCUUGCCGGCCACAAUGUACAAUUUCAUCGGAUUGUAUGCCCGAUAAAGCGUGCAUAAAUCUCAAGUGCGUCGAUGCUUGUGCUUCAAAUCCUUGUGGCGAUCACGCUCGCUGUCAUGCUAUCAAUCACAAUCCUAUCUGUAGUUGUCCAUUGGGUUUUAUGGGCGAUCCAUUUGUUCUAUGCACUCCUGAAGAGAAACCUGUGCAUGUGCCCAAACGGCCAACAUGUGUGCCAAAUCCGUGCGGGCCAUUUUCACAGUGUCGCGAAAUUGGUACGACGGUUGUAUGCUCAUGUUUGCCGGAUUAUAUUGGUCAAGCACCAAAUUGCCGUCCACAAUGCACUUCAAACCAAGAAUGUCCGGCAAAUUUAGCAUGCAUUAACGAACGCUGUAAAGAUCCCUGCCCAGGGAGCUGUGGUUUUUCAGCUUACUGUAGAGUAGUGAAUCACUCUCCUGUUUGUUCUUGCGAUAAUGAUUUUACGGGUGAUCCCUUCUCUGGUUGCUAUCCAGUACCAAUCAUUGAAGUUCGUCAUCCCUGCUCGCAAAAUCCUUGUGGCGCUAAUGCUGAAUGCAUUGAGAAAAAUGGAGCUGGCGCAUGUAAAUGCUUGCCAGAAUACUUUGGUGACCCAUAUAGUGGUUGCAAACCACAAUGUUUAUUAUCUAGUGACUGUCCAAGUCAUUUGGCUUGUCUUAAUAACAAAUGCAAAGAUCCUUGCCCCGGCCUUUGUGCUUUGAACGCUGAAUGCCGUGUUUCUGGUCAUGUACCGACAUGCCGUUGCAUGAACGGUUUUACUGGAAAUCCAAUGACUGGAUGCCAUAAACCAGAAUCAUCUCCGCCGAAAUAUCACAAUGUUACCGAAUUGUGCCAUCCAAAUCCAUGCGGUUUGAAUAGUCAAUGUCGUGUGGUAAAUGAGCAUGAAGUUUGCUCUUGUCUUCCUGGUUACAUUUCAAGUCCACCAAAUUGCCGUGCCGAAUGUUUAGUUUCGUCGGAAUGCGCUCAAAAUCGAGCUUGUAUAAAUAAAAAAUGUGUUGAUCCUUGCAUCGGAGUUUGCGGUUUACAUGCUCGAUGCAAUGUCGUCAAUCACAACGCAAUCUGUAGUUGUCCGCCUGGUCACACUGGUGAUCCUAUCAUUCGCUGUAUAGUAGUACAACAAACCGAUAUAGAUAUACCAAAGCCAAGUGGAAAUCCUUGUCUGGAAAAUCCGUGCGGUCCAUUUAGUCAGUGCCGCGCUGUUGGUGAUACGGCUGCAUGUUCAUGUUUACCUAAUUAUGUGGGACGAGCGCCAAAUUGCCGUCCAGAAUGUUUGCACUCCGCCGAUUGUCCUGCUAAUUUAGCAUGUAUAAAUGAACGGUGUAGUAGCCCAUGUGUUGGCUCAUGUGGCAUUCAUACAUUCUGUACGGUUAUAAAUCAUAAUUCGAUUUGCCAGUGUGAGAAUGGUUUCACUGGCGAUCCAUUCUCUGGCUGUACAGAAAUACCUAAAUUGCCACCAAUAGUAGGCGAAAAACGAAGUCCAUGUUCACCGUCACCAUGCGGUGCAAAUGCCAUUUGUAAAGAACAUAACGGCAUCGGUUCAUGUGCAUGUUUGCCCGAAUACAGUGGAGACGCAUACACUGGCUGUCGACCUGAAUGCGUUCAAAACAAUGAAUGCGAUCAAUCAAAGGCUUGUGUGAAUAAUAAAUGCAAAGACCCAUGUCCUGGUGUAUGUCCAGUCAAUGCGAUUUGUACGGUUCGAAAUCAUGCACCAAAUUGCUUCUGUGAUAAUGGUUUUACCGGUAAUCCGGCGAUCUCUUGUACUCCAAUCGAAAUCACAACGUCUCCACCUCAAGUAGAAAUAUGUUCUCCCCAUGUAUGUGGACCCUACAGUGUUUGCCAUGAAGUAAAUAAUCAUCCGGUGUGCUCGUGUCAAUCGGGUUAUCUUGGUAUGCCACCCAAUUGUCGCGCUGAAUGUGUUGUCUCAUCGGAUUGUUCUCAAGAUAAAGCAUGUGAUAAUCAAAAAUGUAUCAAUCCUUGUAAGAGCGGAACCUGUGCCCAAAAUGCCAUUUGCAAAGUAGUCAAUCAUAUUGCUAUUUGUAGCUGUUCAAAGGGUUUCAGUGGUGACCCAUUCACAAAAUGCAUUCCAAUUGACACAAGUAUAAAGAGAGAUGACAUAGAUCCUUGUAUAAAUAAUCCUUGUGGACCAAAUUCACAAUGCCGUGUAAUUGGAAGUCAAAGCGCUUGCUCAUGUUUGCCCGAUUAUAUUGGACGACCACCAAAUUGUCGUCCACAAUGCACUUCGCACCAGGAGUGCCCCAGCAACAGAGCAUGUCAUAAUGAGCGUUGCAUCGACCCCUGUGUAGAAAAAUGCGGCCAAAAUGCCGUAUGUAGUGUAGUUAAACAUAAUCCUGUAUGUAAUUGUAUUUCUGGAUUCGAAGGUGAUCCAUUCACACGAUGUACAAUAAUCGUUGUCACAUUACCCACUGAACCCACACCAACUCCAUGCAAUCCAUCACCUUGUGGUUUGAAUUCCGAAUGUCGUGAACGAAACGGAGCCGGUGCUUGCUAUUGCUUGCCUGGCUUUGAUGGUAAUCCCUAUGAGCAAAGAGGUUGUCGUCGCGAAUGUGAGAUCAAUGAAGACUGUAAUGAUCAAUUGACUUGCGUUCGAAACAAAUGCGUUGACCCAUGUAUCGGCGUAUGUGGAACGUAUGCAAUUUGUCAUGUAACAAAUCAUGCGCCAUCGUGUGCAUGUCCACCUGGUUUUACUGGAGAUCCACUCUUCCAAUGUCGUGAACAACCGGUAACAGAAAAAUCAAAGAUUGAUAACCCAUGCUCACCGUCACCUUGUGGACAGUAUAGCAAUUGUCGCAACAACGCUGGUCAAGCUGUAUGCUCAUGUGCACCAAGUUAUAUUGGAACGCCACCAAAUUGCCGCCCAGAAUGCAUUACCAGCAAUGAAUGUCCGUCGGACAGGGCUUGUAUUAAUCAAAAAUGCACGGACCCAUGUCCACAUACUUGCGGUAUUGAAUCCGUUUGUCAUACUAGCCAACAUUCGCCAAUUUGCGCCUGUCCGCACGGGUAUACAGGCGACCCAUUCAAACAAUGUACAAGAAUACCAAUGCCCGAUCCAGCGCCAACUGAACGACCACCAAGUUGUUUUCCAACACCAUGCGGUCCAAAUUCAAAUUGUCAAAUGAUCUCUGGCGUUCCGGCAUGUUCUUGCUUGGAAAAUUACAUCGGACGUCCCCCAAAUUGCAAACCUGAGUGCACCAUUUCCGCCGAAUGUCCCGCCCAACAAGCAUGUAUACAACAACGAUGCAAAGACCCAUGCCCCGGUUCAUGCGGCUUUGAAGCUACCUGUCAUGUUUUGAAUCACGUGCCCAUUUGUACAUGCAAUGAUGGCUAUGAGGGUGAUCCAUUUGUGCAAUGUAAUCCGGUAGUGAAAAGAGAUCCAGUGCAUGAUUUCUGCUCUGAAAAUCCAUGUGGACUGAAUGCAGAAUGUAUUGGAAACGAAUGUCGGUGUAUUGCUGAAUAUCAAGGCAACCCAUAUGAUAUUUGUCGUCCUGAAUGUGUAAAUUCGGCCGAAUGCAACCGUGAUAGAGCGUGUUUGCGCAGCAAAUGCGUUGACCCUUGUCCUGGAACUUGUGGACAAAACGCAGAGUGUGAUGUUCGCAACCAUAUUCCUGUUUGCACAUGUCCAAACGGUUUUACGGGAGAUCCGUUCACUUAUUGUCGUGAAACACCAAUUGUACCACCUCCACAAAUCGAAGUUUGUAAUCCAUCACCAUGCGGGGCAAACAGUAAAUGUCGCGAUGUUAACGAUCAUGCGGUAUGUACUUGUCUUCCUGGUUUCAUUGGAACACCGCCACAAUGUCGUCCAGAAUGUUUAAUUUCAUCUGAGUGUGGACCAACUCUCGCUUGUAUCAAUCAGAAAUGUGUUAACCCAUGUAUAUCGGCAUGUGGUAUGAAUACAAGAUGUGAAGUGAUCAAUAACUCGCCAAUUUGCAGUUGCAAGGCGGGUGAAACCGGAGAUCCAUUCCAAGGUUGUUAUCCGAUUCCAGUAACACUCCCAGAAGAUGAUGAUCCAUGCAUCGGAAAUCCAUGUCAAGAUGGAUGUAAUCCCUGCGGUCCAAAUAGUCAAUGCCGUUCCGUGGGUCCGACGCCAUCAUGUCAAUGUAUCAGCGGAUAUAUAGGCCAACCGCCAAAUUGCCGCCCAGAGUGCCUGAUUUCAACUGAUUGUCCCGCUCAAUACGCAUGCAUAAACAAUAAGUGUCAAAACCCUUGCAUUGAAUCAUGUGGUGCCGGCGCUGAAUGUCAUGUUAUCAGUCAUACAGUUUCAUGCGUUUGUCCGGCCGGUUUUACUGGCAAUCCAUUUGUUGAAUGUAUUGUUCAACGCCAUGAGCCACCAAAUCCAUGCGAGCCAAGCCCAUGUGCAUCGAAUGCUUUGUGCGAACAUCGUAAUGGUAUUGGCGCUUGUCGCUGUAUCGAAGGCUAUCAUGGAAAUCCGUAUGAAGGUUGUCGGCCAGAAUGUGUGCUAUCAUCUGACUGUACGUCUGACAAAGCUUGCAUAAACAAUAAAUGUAUAGAUCCUUGUCCUGGAAUUUGCGGCUCCAAUGCUGAAUGUGCUCCAGUGAAUCAUGUGCCAACGUGCACGUGUCGUCAUGGUUUAACUGGUGAUCCAUUUAGAUCAUGUACAGAACCACCUCCAGUUCCAACUGAAGUACCAAUUGUUGAUGUAUGCCGACCAUCGCCAUGCGGACCACACAGUCGUUGUCAUGAGGCAAAUGGAAUAGCCGUUUGCUCAUGCAUAGAUGAAUAUAUUGGAACACCACCGAAUUGCAAGCCACAAUGCACCGUCAACAAUGAAUGUCCCCAAAACAAAGCGUGCCAUAAAUUUAAAUGUUCUGACCCCUGUGUUGGGGCUUGUGGUGUCGAAGCCAAUUGUCAAGUGAUCAAUCACAAUCCAAUUUGUAGUUGUCCAGGAAAUUUCACAGGGGACCCAUUUGUCAGAUGUCAAAUAAGAUUUCAGGAUCCAUCGCCACCACGACCAUCACCAAACCCAUGCUUCCCGUCACCAUGUGGCAAUUUUGCUGAAUGCAGACCAAUUAAUGAUCGUGCAUCGUGCUCUUGUUUACCAAAUUAUUUCGGAGCACCACCAAAUUGCAAGCCAGAAUGUCUAGUAAACUCGGAUUGUCAAUCAGAUAAGUCGUGCAUUGCCGAACGUUGCCGUAACCCUUGUGAAGGGAGCUGCGGUUUCAAUUCAGAGUGUCGAAUUCAAAAUCAUAUACCAAUUUGCACAUGCCGCACCGGAUUCACCGGCGAUCCGUUCACACAAUGUGUUGAAAUUAUUGAACCACCACGACCACGCCCAGUUUCUCCAUGCGAUCCAAAUCCAUGCGGAAGCAAUGCCAUUUGUGAUUUUGGAAAGUGUACAUGCAUAAAUGAUUAUCAUGGCGACCCAUAUAUUUCAUGUCGUCCAGAAUGCACAACCAACAAUGAAUGCAGCCCGUCAAAAGCGUGCAUCAAUAAUAAAUGUGUCAACCCUUGUCCAAACACUUGUG